AUGCGUUUCUUCUGGUUUCUAACACAGCUCACUAUAUCGAUCUUUUUUUUAUCUGCUGGGAAUCUGCUCAUCCAUGUCCCAGCGACCCUAUCCUUACUAUCUAAAGAAGCUAGAAGCUCAGCAAUGUUUAUAACUGUCUCUUUUCUUAUUGACUUUUGUCACUACUCGAUUCUCUUCUCUAACUUAAUAAUUGCAAUACAGCGAGGUUUCGUAUUCUUUUCGGAUUAUUACUCGGAAAAACUUUUCGAUCAACCAAUUAUAUACAUUUGGUUAGCAUUAGUUUGGAUGUUCUCACUGGUUAUAGAAUAUGUUCUUGUGACUUCUAACUGCAGAUAUCAAUUCGAAGAACACUCUCGACAUAUCCUUUUGAGAUGUUCGAGUUCUUCAUUUUUCCUUAUGUCAGUCACACCAGUUGGAAUACGAAUUGUAGACACUUUGCUACAAAUUGUUAUUCCAUUCGUUAUUUUUGUGAUUUAUAUUAUGAUAACUCUCAGAAUUUUUCUUCUGAAGCAGUCUGCGUUGAGCAAAAACGAAUUUUUGAUUUUGAAACAAGCCAGUUUCGUUUUUGUAGCAUUUCAGAUGGAAAUUUUCGCUGGGGCUGCAACGCCGUCAUUCUUCUUUUUCACUUCCAAAGAAAUUCGUAAACUGGUGUCAACAAAAGUUUCAGCUGCGAGUUCACAAAGUGGAUCGAAUGUUCAAGUACGGGGAUUGAGGACUUUG